UUUUACUCCGCCUCGCUCUGUCUGCUGGGUUCAGAAGGGGGGUGCAUCCCAGCGUUCACCGGGGUUAGGCUAGGCUUUGGGUGGGGGACCCCUCUUUUCUUUCUUUCUUUCCCCCGGGAUGUCCUUCCCGGGCGCCAAAGCGGGGUCCCACGGGGCCGGGGAUCGCCCCAAAGGGCCCCGGGUCCGGGCGGCGACUUGGAGCCACCGGGAGACGCUGGACUUCCUGGCGCUGUGGGGGGAGGAGGGCAUCCAGGCGCAGCUGAACCGCUGCCACCGCAACGCCGACGUCUACCAGUGGAUCUCGGAGCGGAUGGCCGAGAAGGGCUACUCCCGCGACGAGGACCAGUGCCGCACCAAAGGCAAGGACCUCAAGAAGAGCUACAAGCAGGCCAAGCUGCAGGAGGGGCCGGCCAGGCAGCGGUGCCGCUUCUUCCACGAGCUGGAGGCCAUCCUGGGGGGCGGCAGAGGAGGGAGGAGCGGGACGGCGGCCUCCCAGUGGUGCCAGGUGGUGGUCAAGGAGGAGCAGGAGAGCGACCCCGACCUGGAUCCGGAUCCAGAGAAGGACAGCAGCGACGUGGAGCCUCCGCCCGCCUCCUCCCUCGCUGCCGCCUCUUCCUCCUCCUCUUCUCAAACUGUAGAGCCUCUCCUUCGCCCUCGCGUCAUCAAGGAGGAAACAAGCCCCCCGCCAGAUGAAGGAGAAGGAGAAGAGGGAAAGGACAGAGGCUUCCGAGGAGGUGGAGGGGCUUGCUUCACUUUCCCGGCGGAAGUGACGCGAAGGGAUUGCCUCGGGAUUCCCCAACCCGGAGAGAGGGAGGAGCCUCAACGCGGCGGGGGGCCGGAGCAGGAGGAGGAAGGAGCCCCGCCGGGGAACCCGAGGCCCGCCUUCGGUAGGAAGGCUUUUUCCAGGCCUCGGAGCUUGUUGAGUACACGGGAGAAGUUGGCGCAGCUUCGGAACAGAAGGAAAAGACCAAGAGAUGACCGAUUUGAUGAACUCAUCCGGGACAUACGGACUCAUUUCCGAGAGAGGGAGAGGCUCUUCCAGGGCCUGUGGGAGGAAGAAAAAGCCCAGCGGGAGAAGGACAGGAGGCAUUGGGUGGCUGAGAUAGCCUGGAUCCGGGAGAUGUGGGCCAAAAGUCAGAAGGAAAGAGAGGCGACAGCGGCAGGAGAAGACAAGCAGACGAAUGGGCCUCGUCACAUAGAGGAAGAGAACUUGAACAGGAACCUCUCCAAAAAGAUUGAAGGGAUGACUCCUAAAGACACUGGUGUUCAGGAACCCCUUCUCUUAAAGUCCUGGCUGGAAUCUCAUGGCCAUAGCUUUGGGCAUUUUGUUGAUGGCAAGUGGCUGAAGCCAGAUGGAAGGGAGACCUAUUCCAUUAAGAACCCCACUUCAGGGGAGCUACUGGCCACCACUCUCCAGGGAAGUAGAGAAGAUGUGAAUGCAGCAGUCAAUGCUGCCACAAAAGCCUAUGCAACUUGGACCCAACUACCUGGCUAUGUUCGAGCCCGGCAUUUGUACAAUGUGGCUAGAACCAUCCAGAAACAUCAGCGACUUCUCAGUCUUCUGGAGAGCCUAGACAGUGGGAAGUUAAUCCGGGAAGCCCGUGACACAGACUUGCCUCUGGUGGUCCGGCAUUUCUACCACCACGCAGGCUGGGCCCAGCUGAUGGAUGUCGAGAUGAAGGAUUGGAAGCCCCUUGGUGUUGUUGCUGCUCUCAUCCCUCGGAAUUUUUCUUUGCUGACUCUAACCUGGAAAGUGUGUCCGGCACUGGCUAUGGGAAACACUGUGGUCCUAAAACCUGCCAGCUCCACCCGCCUUGCAGCUCUGUUCCUGGCUGAGGUUUGUUCCCAGGCUGGCCUUCCUCCUGGGGUCCUCAAUGUCAUCACAGGUGACUCGGGGCUGGGAGAGGCCUUGGCUACCCAUCCAGGCAUUGACAAAGUGGCUUUUGCUGGUUCUGCUCAGGUGGGCCGCAGUCUACGCCGAGCCACUGCCGGAACUGGCAAGAAGCUUUCUCUGCAGCUCGGAGGGAAAUUGCCCUUCAUUGUCUUUGAUUCAGCAGAUCUGGAUAGUGCUGUUGAUGGUCUGGUUGAUGCCAUCUGGCUGAACCAGGGACAGGUCCACAGUGCUGGGUCUCAGCUGCUUUUGCAGGAAUCCAUUGCCAAAGACUUCAUUCAACGCUUGAAGCACCGAAUGGGGCAGCUCCGUUUGGGGGACUCCCUGGACAAGGCUGUGGACAUGGUCGCCUUGGCUGAUGAGAAGCAGCGAGAUGCCAUUGAGUGUCUUGUGGAGGCUGCACGGGCUGAAGGCGCCGAGAUCUUCCAGGCCAAAGCAUCUCUUCCAUCAAAUGGCCUGUUCUACCCUCCAACCUUAAUCACAGGUGUGCACACUACCUCUCGCUGCAUUAGGGAAGAGAUCUUUGGACCUGUGCUGGUAUUACUGACCUUCCGGACAGCCAAGGAGGCAUUGGCUUUGGGGAACAGCACCCCUUAUGGGAUGGUUGCCAGCGUGUGGACAGAGACCCUUCCCUUGGCUCUGGAAGUUGCCCGCAGUUUGCAAGUUGGGACUGUCUGGAUCAAUGGCCACAACAUGUUAGAUGCUGCGUCUGCCUUUGGAGGAUACAAGGAAAGUGGCUUUGGUCGGGAUGGAGGCAAAGAGGGGUUGUAUGAAUAUGUGAGACCAAUUUGGGAGAACCGCCCACAACCCUGCACCUUGGACUUGAAGAAUAAAACGUUUGCUACCUCACAAGGGUCUGUGCUCCCUCCAGUUACAGCAGAAAACAGAGUCCCAUGCUCAGUCACACGUGAACCAGAAGGGAAAAUCCCAAGUGUGGACCGAACCUACAAGUUGUACUACGGAGGUGCUCAGAAGAGACCCGACUCCAUGAGUUCCCGGGCCGUCCUUGAUCAUGCUGGCAAAGUUAUAGCAUUUGUGGCUGACGGGAACAUCAAAGACAUCCGUAAUGCUGUGGAAGCGGCUCACAAGGCUGCACCUGGGUGGUCAAAGCAGUCUGCUCAUACCCGGGCCCAGAUCUUAUACUACCUCGCAGAGAAUCUGGAAGUCCGUCGAGCUGAAAUGGCAUCGCAGCUGAAGGUGCUGACAGGUGCCCAGGAAGAAGCAGCCCUGAGAGAGGUGGAUUUGAGUGUGCAGCGACUCUUCUACUGGGCGGCAUAUUCUGACAAAUAUGGUGGGGUUGUGCAGGAGACGUCUUUGUAUGGAGCCUCCCUCCUCUUCCGGGAACCUCUUGGCGUAGUGGGCAUUGCCUGUCCUGAUGAGCAACCACUCCUGUCAUUUGUCAGCUUAUUGGCACCUGCCAUCAUCCGUGGCAACUGUGUGGUCAUAAUCCCCAGUGAGCGGUACCCAUUACUUACCUUGGAUUUCUAUCAGGUACUGGACACCUCUGAUGUCCCUGGCGGAGUGGUGAACAUCAUCUCUGGCAACCGGGAUCAAUUGAGUCGAGGCUUAGCUGAGCACCAAGAUGUGCAAGCUGUAUGGUACUUUGGGUCAAAGGAGGGCUCUGCGCUUGUGGAAUGGGCCUCUGCUGGGAACCUGAAAAGGACUUGGGUGAACUGUGGAGCGGAAGAGCGUUGUUGGGCCAACCCCCAGGAGGGCGCUGGGGAAGAGUUUCUCUACCAGGCCACCCAGUGUAAAAGCGUCUGGAUGCCCAUGGGCGAUAUCUUUGCCAACUGAGUCUCUAAAGCAGGCAUGGGCAAACUUCGGCCCUCCGGGUGUUUUGGACUGUAACUCCCACAAUUCCUAACAGCCUACCGGCUGUUAGGAAUUGUGGGAGUUACAGUCCAAAACACCCGGAGGGCCGAAGUUUGCCCAUGCCUGCUCGAGAGCAGUUAGCUCAAUUGCAAGGCAACCAGUCAAAAUUGAGGUUGGGAAGCAGGGGAAAUAGGGUGUGAAACACUCUUUAAGAAAUAAAGACCAUUUGUUAGAUAUUUUUUCAAAAA